AUGAUUGCCACUCCUCUAUCCUUGAUCGUUAUCGCAGCCUCUGUUGUCCUCGCUGCCCCCAGCCUGACAACUUCAGGAUGCGAUAUCUCUAACGCUGAACUUUCCUUGCCUCCUGGGCUACCCCCGCCAACAAGCUCGCCCUCUUACAUCUCAGUCGCCAUCGGCGUACAGAAUUACACCUGUGCCGACACUGGGGCAUACACGAGCGUCGGUGCUGUUGCUGAGCUGUUCGACAUCUCUUGCCUCUUGGGUACCCCCGUUUUCGACCAUAUCCAAGACCUGGCCUUCAACAUCUGGAAGGCUCUUCCCAGCAAGGUUACCGCCGAGAAGGUCAUCGAGCUACUUCAUCUAGCAAAGACACCUACUACCCUCGGACAGCACUACUUUAUCACCAACCCCAUCACUGGGAGUGGUCUCAGCCCGAAGUGGGAUUUCACUUCACAGGGCGCUACGAAGGGAAACCCCGACGCAUUUGUAGUCGGUGCCCGCUCUGGAGGUGUUCCCGCUCCUACGGGCCCUCAAGAUAUCGACUGGCUUUUCCUGACCGGUGUCCAAGGUCAACUGGCCGACCAGAUCUACAGGGUCGACACUCGAGGAGGGCAACCUCCCGCUACUUGCACUCCCGGUUCCGCACCUAUCUCUGUCAAGUACGCCUCUAAAUAUUGGCUAUUUGGUGGAUCUGUCCAUCAAUCUUGA